GCGACCUCCACGUCCUUCAUCAUGCAGAUCCAGAUCAAGACACUAACAGGACGAAAGCAAACGUUCAACUUUGAACCGGACAACACUAUCUUGCAUGUGAAGCAGGCUCUCCAAGAAAAGGAAGGUAUCCAAGUCGACCAGAUCCGGUUGAUCUACAGCGGCAAGCAACUGGCGGACGACAAGACGCUUCAAGAGUACAACGUCGCGGCCGGAGGUACCAUCCACAUGGUGUUGCAGCUCCGCGGCGGAUGCUAAGCGAUAUGCGUUCUCACCCCACUGAUUGGACGACAUUCCUUAACCCUCUCAAUCGAUCCUCCAUUUCUUCUUUAACUCUA